GACUGAGCAGCAUCAUCUGAACAGGGCAGAGUGAGAGCUUUUUUUGUAGUGGGUGAGAUUGAGAUCAGGAGUGGCAAAGGCAAAAAAGAAAAACUGAGAGAAGGAAAGAAGGAAGGAGGGAGAGCGAGUGUGCAGCUUUGAGGCGUUCCAUCAUCCACCAAACUCCUGCAGUUUCCCUCUUCCCUCCUCUUCCUCCUCUUCCUCCUGGAGAGAGAGAGAGCAACAGAGAGAGAGAGCAACAGAGAGAGAGAGAGUCACGCUUACAAGCCAGCAGAGAAGAGACGUCAAGAGGAGGAUCUACGGAGAGGGGGAAAAAAAAAUCCUUCUCUCUCUUCUGCUGCCUCUCUUCGUGCGUCCUACAGGCAGCAAGGAGGCGAAGAGGAGUGAGGAGGAUCCGGCUGGCAUAUUUUCUACGCUGCUUCCUCGCAAUUUCUGUGGCCGCAUCACAGUGCGUGGAGCGCAGGGAGAGCCGCCGAGAGCUCGAUCGGUGACAUCGCUCCGCUGCAGAAGAAGAGUAACGUAGAGGAGCCGGGAUGCUUAACAACCUGACCGACACAGAGGAGGGGGACGGGGGAGCGCAGAGCCAGGGCGACAGUAACCCCAAGGAGAGCAGUCCCUUCAUCAACAGCAGUGAUGCUGCCGCAGAGAAGAGCCAGCAGUAUGACGGCAAGAACAUGGCCUUGUUUGAGGAGGAGAUGGACACCAGCCCCAUGGUGUCGUCUCUUCUCAGCAGCCUGGCCAACUACUCCAACCUGCCCCAAGGUAGCAAGGAGCACGAAGAGGCCGAGAACAACGAGGCUGAGUCAUCGCGCAAGAAACCCGUCAAGGCUCCCCAGCUUGGUACUCUGAUGGGCGUCUACCUGCCGUGCAUCCAGAACAUCUUCGGAGUGAUCCUCUUCCUCAGGAUGACCUGGUUGGUGGGAAUCGGAGGCGUCAUCGGGACUUUCGUCAUCGUCUUCAUGUGCUGUGCCACCACCAUGCUGACUGCCAUCUCGAUGAGUGCCAUCGCUACCAAUGGAGUAGUGCCAGCUGGAGGCUCCUACUACAUGAUAUCCCGCUCUCUGGGCCCUGAGUUUGGUGGAGCGGUGGGGAUCUGUUUCUAUCUGGGAACCACCUACGCUGGAGCCAUGUACAUCCUGGGGGCCAUCGAGCUGCUCCUGAUCUACAUAGUACCCAAAGCGGCCAUCUUUCCCCUGGAGGGCCUGGAGGGUGCCGAGGCCGAGGCCGCCCUGCUGAACAACAUGCGUGUUUACGGGACCAUCCUGUUGACCUCCAUGGCAACCGUGGUGUUUGUCGGCGUGAAGUACGUGAACAAACUGGCCCUGGUGUUUCUGGCCUGCGUCAUUCUCUCCAUCCUGGCGGUCUACGCCGGCGUCAUCAAGACCGGCGUCGAGCCUCCCGACUUCCCGGUGUGCGUCUUGGGGAACCGCACUUUGGUGUGGAAGACUUUUGAUGUCUGCGCCAAGACCAUUGAAACGGCUAACGGGACAGUCACCACCCAGCUGUGGAGCAUGUUCUGUGAUUCGCCUCUCCUCAACGCUACCUGCGACAAAUACUUUGCUGCCAACAACGUGACUCAGAUCCAGGGCAUCCCCGGGGUCACCAGUGGAAUCCUGGCAGAGAACCUGUUUGGGAACUACUACGAGAAGGGGGACCUGAUUGCCAGGAAAAACAUGGAGUCAGCGAUGGACCAGGACGACCCUCUGACCAACUCCAACCGCUACGUGUUGGCCGACAUCACCAGCUUCUUCACGCUGCUGGUUGGCAUCUACUUCCCGUCUGUGACAGGGAUCAUGGCUGGAUCCAACCGCUCUGGAGACCUGCGUGACGCCCAGAAGUCCAUCCCCAUUGGAACCAUUGCAGCCAUCACCACCACCUCCACUGUCUACAUGUCCAGUGUGAUUCUGUUUGGUGCCUGCAUCGAGGGAGUGGUCCUCAGGGACAAGUUCGGAGAAGGUGUCCACGGGAACUUGGUGAUUGGCACGCUGGCUUGGCCGUCGCCGUGGGUGAUUGUGAUUGGCUCCUUCUUCUCCACCUGCGGCGCUGGCCUCCAGAGCUUGACAGGAGCUCCUCGUCUCCUGCAGGCCAUCGCCAAGGACGGCAUCGUGCCCGCACUUCGGAUCUUUGGCCAUGGAAAGGCCAAUGGAGAGCCCACAUGGUCCCUCCUGCUGACGGCGUGUAUCUGCGAGAGCGGCAUCCUCAUCGCCUCCCUGGAUGCAGUGGCUCCCAUCCUCUCCAUGUUCUUCCUCAUGUGCUACAUGUUUGUGAAUCUGGCCUGUGCCCUCCAGACGCUGCUGCGGACUCCGAACUGGAGGCCCCGCUUCAAGUUCUACCACUGGGCCCUGUCCUUCCUGGGGAUGAGCUUGUGUCUCACUUUAAUGUUCCUCUGCUCCUGGUAUUACGCCCUUGUCGCCAUGGUAAUUGCUGGCUCCAUCUACAAGUAUAUUGAGUUUGCAGGAGCGGAGAAAGAGUGGGGUGAUGGGAUACGAGGUCUGUCUCUGAGCGCCGCACGUUAUGCUCUGAUGCGGCUGGAGGAAGGCCCUCCACACACCAAGAACUGGAGGCCACAGCUGCUGGUGCUGGUUAAUACAGAUGCCGAGCAAAACAUUGAGCAGCCCCGUCUGCUGUCUCUGACCAACCAGCUGAAGGCAGGCAAAGGUCUCACCAUCGUUGGAACGGCUCUGGAGGGCACCUUCCUGGAGAACCACGAACAGGCGCAGCGUGCAGAGCAGGCGCUGCAUAAACUGAUGGAGACUGAGAAGGUGAAGGGCUUCUGUCAGGUGACUGUGUCUUCGAACCUGCGUGAUGCUACAUCCCAUCUGCUCCAGGCCAGUGGGCUGGGAGGCCUGAAACACAACGCUGUACUGGUCAGCUGGCCACGCAACUGGAAGCAAGGGGACGAGCACCAGACCUGGAGGAACUUCAUUGAGUUGGUCAGAGAAACCACGGCGGCUCACCUGGCUCUGCUGGUCCCCAAGAACAUCUCGGCCUUCCCAUCCAAUGGCGAACGCUUCACUGAGGGCCACAUUGACGUGUGGUGGAUCGUCCAUGAUGGAGGCAUGCUGAUGCUGCUGCCCUUCCUUCUCCGCCAGCACAAGGUUUGGAGGAAGUGCAAGAUGCGCAUCUUCACUGUGGCCCAGAUGGACGACAACAGCAUCCAGAUGAAGAAGGACCUGACCACGUUCCUCUAUCACCUCCGUAUCGACGCCAUGGUGGAAGUCGUAGAAAUGCAUGACAGCGACAUCUCGGCCUACACUUACGAGAAGACCCUGGUGAUGGAACAACGGUCGCAGAUGCUUAAGCAGAUCAACCUGACUAAGAAUGAGCGUGAGAGAGAGAUCCAGAGCAUCACUGAUUCAUCCCGUGGAUCUAUCCGCCGCAAGAACCCGGCCGCUGUGACCACCCAGCUGAGUGUGACCGAGGACCCGCCUGCAGCCAGCAAAGAGGAGAAGCCUGAAGAAGAGUCAAAGUCGGCCUCUUCCCCUGUGUCCCCCCCUGCCCAGGUCCAGCUCAUCCAUGACAACACCACCCCAGCCAGCCCCGCGACCCCAGCCACCCCGCUGACCCCCGGAGAGGCGGCUCAGAGCCCCGGGGAGCAGGUCCAGAUGACCUGGACUGAGAAGUGUGACGGCGAGCCCGCCAAGCCGCCCGGAGCAGCCACACCAGAGGGCAUCAAAGACAUCUUCAAUAUGAAGCCUGAGUGGGAGAACCUGAACCAGUUCAAUGUGCGACGUAUGCACACAGCACUCCGGCUGAAUGAAGUCAUCAUUAAAAAGUCCUCAGAGGCCAAGCUAGUGCUGCUCAACAUGCCGGGGCCGCCUAAGAACCGGACAGGCGAUGAGAACUACAUGGAGUUCCUUGAGGUUCUCACCGAGGGCCUGAACCGGGUCCUCCUGGUCCGUGGAGGCGGCCGUGAGGUCAUCACCAUCUACUCCUGAAAAAGCAGCCCCCUCCCCCUCCAUCACCAGCCCUCCCUCAGCCCUGUUCCUGUAUCACCUGUACUCCCACCUUCUCAUCAAUGCUGCUUCGUUACCGUGACACUCUUUCCAUAUAUUUCUGUAAGGUAGUCCUCUCACAUCCCACCAAUAGCCCAGCUCAGCUUCAGCACCUCUCCCUCAGCUCCAUCCUCAGCAGACCGAUGAGCAGCAUCACCUGUUCAGCUACUAAACCUUUCACUCUAGUCCCGUAAGCUACUAUGACUAUUGUAGGCUCUAGACUGCAUUAGAUGCUAUCUAGAUUUGCUGUUAAAGAGGUUAUUUUUGUUCUUUGCUAGUCAGUAAUCUACUGUAGUAACUCACAUGAAGUCAGGAGGAGGAGGAGGAGGAGGAGGUGGGUGUGGGUUGUUAGCUGAGGUGUGAGCGCACCACAUGCACGUAUGUGUCUGUCUUUGUUUUAAUCCCUGCAGCUUUUUUUUCUCUUUUUUUUUGGGAAUCCGAACACAAAUGUGGCAUAGACGCGGCUUCUGCUUGGAAAGAACGAGAGCCAGCUGAAAUGAGCUCAAUGUAGGAUUGUCUUUUAGCUCCCUCGUGGUGAUCGGACACCUCCCACAGCUUUCCAGCCUGUUGUCUCUGAUGUGAAUUAUCGUUCAAGGCAAAAGACACUGCUACCCACAGUCAGGACCACCAGCUGGAGGAAGGAGGAGAAUAUAGCUGUUAAGUACGAACUGUGAAAUUCACUCUGAAAUUCAAAGAAGACUGAAACGGCACGAGGAUCAGACCCGCAUCACCCUUUAGCGUAACAUCCUCACGGUGGUGUGUGUUUCCACUCCACUUGUUCUGUUACUGCCAUCACUGUCUCUCCACCUCUCCUCCUUUUCAACUCAUUUCUAAGUGGCUGUUCAUCCCCGUGGCCACUGUUAGUGCCAAAAAAAAAGACGAGGCUAGCUUAGUUUGUAGAGAUUGACACGUGGUUAAACUGUGAAUAGUGCGUUUCCUAGCAGAAGGCUGGCGUGACAGCGGAAGUGGGGAGACGGUUCAAAAGCCCCCCACCAGAGGAGAUUAUCAUCGCCAGCACCCCUCGACCCUCGUGUGGAUCACUGUAAAUAAUGUACAAGCUCUGACGCGUUGUUCAGUAUGAGUGUAGUAUUUUUGUGACAUACUUAAAAAGCUUCUAGUGGAGAGAAAACGUUCCUUCGCUCAGAGGGACAGCUCAAAAACGCUGUUUUUAAGAAAAAAAAAGUUAUUUAUUUAUCGGAUUUAUUUAUUGGAUGGCAUAGGCUCCUGUCACUAUGGUAACCGUCAUUGUAACCUCGACAAAGCACUGCACCUGCACUGUCCACCACUGUGCAACACGUGAAAUUUUUGAUGAUUUCAUCAAGUUCAUUGAAAUGUUUUAGAAAAAAAAUGAGAACUAGUAAAUGUUAUUUUUUCAUCUAGAGAACAAAUAUGUAUUUAUGUUUAUAGACAGACGUUGCACAUGUUGAUGAAAUAGUCGUAUAACAUUCUGAUUGUCACUCAAAGGUGUAAUCACUGUUUUUGCCAAAUUUCGAUACAUUAAAUGUGCCAUAUCAAAGUAUUUUUCAAAGAGAGAUAGUAAACAAAAUUCUAUUCAUUUAAUCAGAGAGAACAAAGUGCGUUUAGAAAAAGGUUUACGGCGGUGUCGGCAUGACGACGACGCCGCAGUUGGAAAGUCGGCCUGUAGAUGAUUAAAGAAUCCAUGUUCAGCUCUCCCCAAAGCUCCCAGCCGUUGAAGUGGACAUAUCUAUCUGAACAUCUAUCAGCUAUUUGUUUAUAGGGUCCAGUCUAAAUAAGCAGAGAGAACAACGGCUUCUGUAGCUACCAAACAAAAGAACUCUAUGCAGUAGACUUUGCAGUGAGAUUUUCUAUCCUCUAGAUUGAAGAUUUGAGCCACACAUGCCCCCCCGACUGAAUGACGUGUGAGCAAAUCAUGUUUAGGUUUUUGAAAAAGUGCAUCUUGGAAGGAAUGUGCAAUAGUUGAAAUCCGGACUCAUGUGAUCAUGUUAUUUAUUUUUUUACACAUAUAUUUUGUAUAUGUAGAUUUCGUAAGUCUUAUAAAAUCCAGAAUCAUCUCACUCUGACCAAGGACAGCUGUCACUUUACGUUGAUUCUUCCUGUUUCUUUUCUCGGAGAAACUGUUUUUGGUCAUUUGCACUUGUAGUAGAAAUAUAAAUAUAAAUAAACACGUAUAUAUACACAGUAUAUACAGUAUAGGGAAGCAAAACAAAAUUAGUUUCUAGAACUAUUUAAAAACAGUAUUAAAUGUUUUUAGUGUUGCUUGAAUGUCGGACCAUAUGUUGUGAAUGCUGCUAGUAUCUAUAGAUUUAUUUGUACUGUAAAUAGAGAUGACUAAAGCAACAUUAAAGAUGAAGUGAUAAAGGGUAUAGACAUACAUAUCAGUGGUGGUUGUGGUUAUCUAUCAAGACAAGGCUGUACCUGAAUACAUUUGGCCUGGACAGGGUUAGCUUUCUGUUUUAUUAGAAAACUAUACUGAAUACCUUGAUGCAAUAUUACAACUGAGGGGAAAACCCUCCACCCUUUUAUUCUCUUUUUAAAGAAAAAAAGCUCUUAAAUAUUACUAUCUUUAAUCCCACAAGUAAAGUGAACCAAUUUUAACUAACGCAGUGUACUUAAGCUGACAGGAAUUGCCAAAAAAAGAAGUUUAAAUAUGAAUAUUUCUGGUUUAUUUAUUUGAUAAAUGUUACUGUUUGCAAAUUUUUAACACACCUACCUUUGACACCUGUGAUACUUAACAAGCAGCCACUCCUAGUUUUCAAAGAUUCUGGGGUGCCAAGUCACGAGGAUUUUCUUUACUACGCUUGUCACAGUGAACUCUGACAAAAAAAAAAAAAGGGGGUUGUUUAACACUCGCACCAGUUUUUGAAGAACACGGUUAUUUUAAGGAUCGUCAAGACAACAUCGCCUGCAUCAACUGAGCCUUUUAAAUUUAUUCAAAAGAAAAAGCUAUCCGGUGUUUCUUGGAGAUGUUUAUUGGAAAUGAAUUUAUUUAUUGAAUUAUCAGUGUUUUAUAAUUGCUGUUUGCAUGGUACUAUGUGGCAAUAUUUGUUUUAGUGGUUUCUAUAGUGAUGACUUCCAUGUUCAAGGUGCAGGAGGUGGCGGUCAAUGUUCUCAAUGAGUUACACAGUUUGAGAACUGAGGAGCGUCGCCAUGCAGUCGGCGACAGGGUUCGACCUUGAAAACAAGUCUUUUGCAAAAAAUAAGAAAAAGUAUGAGUUCACUAUAUUGUUACUUGUUAUAUUUCAAUCUUGCUCAAGUAGUCUUAUGUAACGUAAUAGGAGAUUUUGAGUUUGCGAAUAGACAGGCCUUAGGAAUGGUCAUUUCACCUUUGUAAAUAUGCAGUAUAUAUAUCACUUAAGUCAGAGGCACUGUAACCUUCUAGUGUUGUCUUCUGUUGUACUCUGUUCUAUCACUGUGGGCAAAAGUCUUAGAGUUUUGUAAGAUUAUGUGCAAUAUUGUUCUCACAUUCUUUUUUUUUCAUUUGUCACGGUUCUGUUUUUUAGAUUCUAUAAAUAACUGAAAGCGUCAGCAGUCGCUUACUUUAUCAGAAUGUUUGUCACUGGGUCUAACGGACCGUAAAGAUCUGAAGUGUUCGACCCAAAUGUGGCUGAGGCAGCAACGCACUUUACACUGAGGGGAGGGUCCGAGCAGAGCAACCUGCUCUGUACACUCUAUCCCACAGUGACCUCUGGUGGCACUAGAGUGUAUUACAGCCAGCUGUGGCCGUCUGACAGCUCAGACUUAGAAAACACAAUGAAUUACCUUCAUCUCGCUCCAGAGACCUACCUGCUGACUCUGUUAACAUCACUUCAGCAUUUUCUUACACCUUUUCAGCAUGCAUCACAUUAUUUCCUUUCUCUUGCCAAACUUCUUUAAAAAGAAUAUUAGUAUCUGUUUCAAUUUAUAGUGCUUGUCACUCAAUCUGUGAGGUGAGCCUUCCCAGAAUUCCCCCCCAGUCCCCCCUACCUGCCCCCAGAAUCCCUGGUUCUCCCCCAUCCCAGCCACAGAAUCCACCCCAGCUCUGUAUUUUAAAUGUGACUGCAGUAUAAUUCUGAAAAAUGAUCAAAGAAUAUAAAACUCGCGCUUCCAAUUCUGGUACGGGCUCUGCUUGCACAGCACCGGAUAGUCGACUUAGAAACCAGCACGUCCCUCUACCCCCCCAAACUGAUCCACGGUUUAGAUCAGAUCCUUCGCCUGCACAACUGUAGCAUGAGACAAACCUGCCGGUGAUCAUUACUCAGUCUCCAUCCUUAAAUGGAUAUUAAGGGCUCUGAAACACAUCUGUUACCGGGUUGAGGAGGCUGUCCUGUUAAGACACCAACAGAGAAAUCUAAAACUAAUUCCGGAGCAUUGCAGAGAGGGCACACAGUCUGUAGCUGAACCCCAUCGUACCCCUCAGCAUGUCCUCACACAGACGUGCCUGUAACACAACAGCUGCAUUUACAUUUCACACAGUCGAUCUCUCUGGGAGUCAGAUGAGGAAAAAAAAAACAGCUCGAGUGGCUAUCCACGCGGUGCAGGCCAGAGCCCCACUCCAGUUCUGUUUGUGUAACUCAGUGCAUGCAUGCAAUUACCCUGAACAAGGUAUAUUGAAAAUAUAUUGGGUGUUUGUGGUAUAAAAGUAUUUUGUUUUGAUCAGUUAGAAACUUUUCUUUCUAGUCGUAUGAUAUUUUUCUCUUUCCUUAGGACUGGCCAAUCAUUGUAUCCGAUAUUAUGAAUAUUAUUCUAGUACAAGAUUCUAUUUUUUAUGGUAGAUCUGUUGACAAGGUCCUCUCAUCGUGUCAAAUAUUAUCUGCAGAUGAAGUGAUUACCAAAGUAUAUUUCAGUUAACUACAUAAAUGAGUGUGAAAAUGUGUGCUCCAGUGAAUUAGACGCAAACAAGUGAAUGCUGUUUACCUUCUUCUGAAGAAUUUGUAGCAAUUAUUUGUCACAACAGGUUGUUUCAACAAUAUAAGGAACAUCGGGCAAAGUCGUAGAAGAGACGCUUGAGAAGGCUCAAACCUGUAGAUUGACCUCUUCUCAGUCACCAGCUGUAGUUAAAUAUAAAUGUAUCCAACAACCAACCUGGUCUGCUAUGAAGGCAUUCAAACCUUAAAGCGACAAGUGUGACAUCUUGGAAUUUCUUGGGGAAGAGCAAGCAAACUGGGAACAGGUGUCCUGACUGUUCAAAGGUAACUAACUAAAGCUGCAAGCAUCUCAGAAGCUCCUAGUUUAUGUCAUUUGUGUGAUCCGUACUAGAACUCCUGGCUAUUUUACAGAAUAUUUCUUGGCUCCAGUAAAUUAUUCUGGCACGUAAUCCCUCAGAAAACUGAUGUCAGUUUCAGAUUUUUGCAUAAUUUAAAUGGCAUAUUAAAUAUUGAGCUUUAGAGGUGCCUGAUAGUUUCCUUUGAACAGACUUUUUCCAGUCAGCCUGCUGCGGUUUCAUUAUUAACUGACAGACGUGAAUGACGCUAAUCUUCUCAUUUAAGUCCUAUUUUGCACAUAUUUUCCAAAUUGUAUUUUCCUACAAUACUUGGGCCUUGAAAAAUUCAGUAUUUAAUUACCGGUGCCUCCCUCCAGACUUGUUUUUAAUUCACUGGACUUGUGGGAAACAUUUUGUAUGGAUGCUUGAAAAACUGUAAUGGAUGUAGAUGAACUAUACGGCAUAAACACACACAAAGACACACCUGUAUCAGAUUUCACAAAUGAGAGACGUUCUUUCAUUCUGAAGCGUUCGUUAUUUUCCUUGAUACUGUACCUAGUCUUCUGGUAAAGCCGUAGUGUGUUCCUUUCAGUUUCGUGGGAGUGUGUAUGUGUCUACAUGUGCACUUGUAAUUGCUGGGGGCGGGGGUGGUUAUGGGCGAGGGUGGGAGGGGGCUACGUGUAAAUAAAUCAAAUACAGUUAGUGUGGAGGUGUUUAUUUUUUGUGUCAGUGUAAGUUAAGUACUCUAAAAUAAAAAAAAGACGUAUUAUUCUCUAUUGUGAUUCAUGGUACAUUAAAAAGAGGAAAAAGUAGUUUUAUCUUACAUUUCAAAUGCUUAUCUCUAUGGCUUCUGGCGAUACCCGUUCCAUUUUAUAGAUUUGUCAGCACAAAAUGCAAUAAACCAAUACCAUUUUAUUACA